CUUGUCUCCUCCCAUCGCCAUGUCCCUCUGCGGCACUCUCGAUUUUUGUGCAUCGUCUUCGCCAUCCCCGCUGCUCCGCGCGCAGCCCGCGCACUCAAACCUUCUCAUGAGCAAUGCUGCUCAAAGAACUUACGCGACGCGUCAACUCCGCCGUGAUGUACUCCUCAAGCCGUUCUUCAUCAGCCAUUACCUGCUCCCUCAACGCGUGCGCACCGCCCCUGCCACUGCCCGUUGCCUCGUCGACCCCAGCUGGCUCUCACCCACUUGCGCGAAGUGUCCACAUCUGUUGCCGCCCAUCGCCUCCCUCAUCCACCUCACGGCCUCGCGCGAGCUGCACUCGCGGGAGUAACUACUCACGCAAGUGCACUACGCUGUGCAGUCCUCGUCGCCUUGCAGUUCAAGCGGAGGCAUACCCACGGUGUGCUGCGAGGCAUGUCGCCCGAAGCCCGUCGUCAGGGGCGUGUCGCCAUCUUUGAUGCCCUGGCAGUGGGUGCGGCGCUUCCACGGCGUGCAUGGCGCGCAUUGUCGCGCACGGAGCGCGACGCGCAGCCCGUGCUCGAGACGAGGGACGCGUGGCGCUGACGUGUCGACGAGGUCGGCAACUGCCGGUGCGCGGCAACCGCCGA